AAUAAGAGUGAAAAGAUGAUAAAACUCCUCCCAACACCGUCCUCUCAUCAUCAUCAUCAUCCUUAUCAUCCUCCUCUUUUACUUACCUGCAAGACUUACAGCGCUCCCUUACCUGUUUACCGGUCCAUAAGGGGACUUUAAGCUUAACAUUACUCAGAACCAUUUUAACUCUCAAUGAGGACGUUACGUUUGUUUGUCAGUCCAUUUGUGUGAGAACUUGACCUCAACGCGUUUUUGUUAUUACAGUUGUAUCCUUUUUAUUAUCAUCAUCGGAUGCCUACAAAGUGAUAUACAGAUCAACAGCAGACAAAAUUUAAUAACUGACUGCAAUACAAAACCUAGCUAUGCGAUUAAAAAGCCAUGGGUGGAUUAGUGCCAUUUUCAGUGAUCUUUUUACCAUGGAUAUUUAUUUCUUUUAACCUAAUUUAUGUGAAAUCAAGUGAAUUAACUAAUCGUUAUGAUUUGUGCUACCUUAAAGAUGGUGGAUCAUCACAAACCUUUACGGUUAAUGAAGCAACUCCAAUCAACUCAUCAAUUGGAUCUCUUCAGGUAAUCGGAAAUGUGUCCACAUCACCUGAAACAGAAAGUGAAAUCGAGCUUAGCUUAGCACUUCACCAUUCAGCUAAUAGACUGGAGAGUGGUGAUAUACCUAUUCGCAUCGAUCCGGGAACCAAAGAUUUGAUCUUAAUCCGUAAAUUGGAUAAAGAGUCAAGUGAAGGUGAAUCUGGUAUAGUUAUUGGCGUCAAAUGUCGCAAAUUAGUUCAAUCAACAGAUCCAUCGAUAAUCAUUCCAGUGCGUAUAAUUGUCACCGAUGCCAAUGACCAUGCACCAGAGUUUGUUGGUACACCUUACAUUGUCAACAUUUCAGAGGUAACAGUACCUGGAUCAUCACUUUUUCCCGGUCAUCGUAUUAAAGCUAUCGAUGGUGAUUCUCAAGGUCCUUUUAGUACAGUUGAAUAUUCAAUUGAAACUGGACCUUUUUCCCAUCUAGUAGCUUUUAGAGGGCGACUUGGUGGUGAUUUGGUUCUGACUGGACCACUUGACUAUGAAACUUUGCCCAAGUUUUGGGUGACCAUAAGAGCUCAAGAUCAAGGUGAACCACCUUUAAGUGCAACAACAACCCUCACUGUGAUAGUUAACGAUGCAGACGAUCAAAAUCCACGUUUUCUUGACGACAAAUAUUCCGUUGUACUGCCAGAUACAGUUCGUGAGGGUCAACCUUUAGGUAUUAAACCUAAACCCAUUCGAGCAGUUGAUCCAGACACAGAGAUCAACUCACCUAUUGAAUAUUCAUUCAAUUCAGAUUCAAGAGAAUACUCUUACUUCACUAUUGAUCCAAAGUAUGCAGCAAUUAAGGUUAAACGACCUCUUCCACCAACAAUAUCUUUACCCUUGACUUUAGUGAUAAGAGCAACACAAACAGAUAAUCGUGAUCGAUAUGCCUUAACAACAGUCACAAUAUUAUCUCGAAGAGAGUCCAUUCUUCCUGAAAUACGUUUCACCAAAUCAAAUUAUUCUGUCUCAGUGUUGGAAAAUGUUCCUCCUGGAUCAGUCCUUUUAACUGUUGGUAUAAUGGGCCGACCAACACCAACCGAGGUUGAAUCAACUAGUUCAUCAAGUCGUUCAUCUUCUUCAUCGCCAUCAUCUUCAGGUAUAACAUACCAACUGUUAGAUGACGAAGGCAAUCACUUUGGAAUAAAAUCCAACGGUGAAAUAACGGUGAGAAAAGCUCUUGACUAUGAACUUCGACCUUGGUAUUCAUUCCGUGUGAUGGCCUCUGAUGGGAAACAAAGUGAUGUAACUCGUGUCAAUAUUUCAUUGAUCAAUGUUAACGAUCAUGAUCCACAAUUUUCCCAACCACAUUACACAUUUUUUGUUAACUCUGAAUCAGGCCUACGAUCAAAAUCAAUAGUAGGUGAAGUAAAGGCAACAGACAAAGAUACAGGUGAUACACUUGAUUUUACUGUUAAAGGUCCUUUUGCUCGGUCAUUUACGAUCGAUAAAACUGGUAAAAUAUCAAUCAGUUCAUUGAAAGGUCUAAAUACGACUCAAGCUCAUUUAAUUGUAAUGGCCUCGGAUUCAGGUUCACCGCCAAGAUCAUCAAGUGUCCCGGUUACCGUUCAAUUCGCGCCUAAUUUAAUUAAAACCGGAUUGGCUCGAGCUAUUGGUGACAUUGAGCCAUCCGAUUCAGUUGAUAACUUGUUAAAUGAUAUUGAUGAUGUUGACGGUCAAGCAAGAUCUUCCGGUGUAAACAUGUCUUCUCUCUUCAAUACAUCCGGACCUUCGGCAAUUGUCCUUGUGAUUGUUCUAGGUGUUUUAUUGGCCACUUUGUUCAUCAUAAUCAUUACUUUAACAGUUCAUCUUCUUCGCCAUCGAAAACUGAGUGAUGUUCAUUCUUCAUCCGGCUUGUCAUCUACUUCAACAGAUUCAUGUGCAUCAUCAACUGACUCAGGUCAUCUUCAUCCACCUCCACCUCCGGCCUCAUUAACGUCCCAUCAUUUGCAUCACCAUUCCUCUCUUCAUCAUCCAAAUUCAGCAAUUUACGGUAAAAUUGAUGUUCCCUCGUCAAGAGGCUUUUCCAUUUCCUCGUUAGCCAAAAAAACUGCCAAGGUUAGUCCAUCUGAUCAAUCUGAUUCAACUAAUCUGUUUGGACCCACCUCGAAUCUACCCACUGGUGGGUUAAUGUCUUCAACUGGAGGAGUCGACAGUGGAGGUAUUCAUGGUGUUGAAAAUCCCAUCUUUAAUUUGUCAAACAACAACAGUACCAAUAAUACUUUACCAAAUAACCUUUCUUCACGAUACUAUGGCAACAAUCGUUCCUUGUCCAUUGGUCAUGGUACAUCUUCAGGUUCUGGUAAAUCGGAUCCUGAUUCAGCUAUAGUCAGUGAUGCCUCUUCAUCUAAUGAUGCCCCUCAUAAUGGAUCUAGUUCAUCUUCAUCGACUUCAUCAACAUCAUCCAAUACAUCUCAUCAUCGACAGGUAAAAGAAGCCGAUUCCAUAGUUGAUUUAACUUCACCACCUUCAGAAUCUCAUAAUCAUCAUCACCACCAUCAUCACUUCAAUAAUAAUAAAGAUAACCAUAAUAGAUCUCUAAGUCCACCUCCACCACCUUCAAUUACAUGCACGACUUCGGGAACCACAGGAGGAGGAACAGCAUCAAGAAUAUCAUUGAUCAAAUGGCCUCAAGGAUCAAUACCGAGGAGAGUGAAAAAGUUAACCUGGGAAGAUGAAAGGUUUGGCUAUAAUACAAUAAUUAAUUACGCCAAUAUAAAUAAAUCAUCUUCUUCAUUUGUUCACCACCGUAAUGGUAACAACGGUUCAUAUGAUUCAACAAAUAAUGAUUUUGAUGAAUCUAAAAAUGUUUACAAUCCAUACAAUCCUGCCAAUAAUAAUAUCAAUAAUAACAAUAACACAUUUGGACGACGAACCAAUAAUUCAUCUGGUGAUCCAUCAAGUGGUUUAAGAUCAACAGAUGAUUUUCGUCGAACCGAAUUAGAUCCUGAUGUAAGUGUAACACCAUAUAGACGAUCAACAUUCCUGGGUCAACAUCAUCAUGGAUCCACAAAUAACGAACCAAAGGCCAAUUUACCUGAUUUAACUGUUUAUUUUUGAGAAAAGAAACAAAAUGAUAAAAACAAAUCACAGAGACCCUACAAAAUAUCAAUCUUACCAUAAACGCCUUCAAGUCUUCG